AGAAGCAUGGCGCUGUACGUGUGGGGCAAGACCUGCGGUAUGAACGAUACGACGAUGAGCGACAAGGAACGCUCCGUGUACUACCCGACGCUGCUCGAGCACUUUGGUGGCAGCGUCAUCACCGACUUCGCCGCCGGCGAAAACCAUGCACUCGCCGUGACCGAGUUUGGCGACGUCUACUCGUGGGGCCGGGGCAACGACGGCGAACUCGGGCAUGGUGACCGCGAGGCGCUGACAACGCCGCAGCGCAUCAAGGGCCUCGAAGACCAGAUUGUGACCAACGUGGCAUGCGGCAACGUGCACUCAAUCGCGGCCACGAUCUCGGGGCAAGUGUACAUGUGGGGCCUCUUGCACGACCCGAACCAGCCGGCCGAGCCAACGUCCAGCGCUGCCUCGGGCAUGCUGCAUGGCCUCACGCCUGCCGCGCCCAUCGAUGCCACGCUGGCGCCAGAGCUCACGUUCUUUCAGCGCAUCGUGCAGGACGCCGAGUCGCGUUUUGCUGAGGGUGAAAACGAAGUCUCCGACUACGAGCAAGGUCCUUUAUCAAUACCAAUGCGCCACGAGCUCACACUGUGCUUGCGUAGGCAUGAACAAAGUACGCUGCCGCGGCUCUGCACGUCGCUGGUGGGGCAUGUCAUCACGAAAGUGGUUGCUGGCUUUGGCCACAGCAUGGCCAUCGAUUCGUGCGGCCAAGCGUACAGCUGCGGCUACAACGAGCACGGACAACUUGGCCUCAACCACGUUCGCAUCAUGACCGAGUUUACAAAGAUUCCAGCGUUUGCUGGCUCGUUUGUCAAGGACAUUGCGUGCGGCCAGCAGCACAACCUUGCGCUCGUCAUCUCGUCGCCGGUGCAUGGCAGCGUCGCGCAGUGCUACACGUGGGGCUUGGGCGCCUUGGGCCAGCUCGGCCACGGCACGCGCCGAUCGCUCAUGGAGCCAGAGCUCGUGACGGGCUUGCCCGAGCCGAUCGUUGGCGUGGCGGCGGGCAGUCACCACAGCGUUGCCGUCGAUGAAACGGGUGCUGUGUACACGUGGGGUCACAGCGAAUAUGGCCAACACGGCGUCGCCUUCAACGGCCGGGAUCUGUACGACAACCGCAAGUACUUUGUGCCGGUCAAGCACGAGUCGCUCCGCGAUAUCAUCUCGGUCACGUGCGGUUCACACUUUACGCUCGCGACAGAUGUGCACGGCGUCUUGCAUUCGUGGGGCUGGAACGCGUUUGGCGUCCUUGGCACGGGCUUCUUCCAGGGCUACACGCUGCCGCAGCCACUCGACCACCUCCGCGGUCUCUCGCUCUGCCACACGCGCGCGGGCUACAACCUCUGCGGUGCCAUCGUGCAGUACCUCGGGCUGCCGUAUGCGAUGGGCUUUCGAUCGCUUCUUGCCUCGGGCGCGGUGCGUCUGCAAUUCUGGAUCCUACCAGAUCUUAUCAUGUCGAUCCUAAUGCCAUUGCACAAGGUCUUUCUCAAGGCUCGCUGCCCGCAGCUGUAUGGCUACAUACGCGCAGCCGUCGCCCACGGCGACGCACCGUCGGGGGUCGUUCCCCUGGAAGGUCUCGACCUCCCGGGCCUCGAUGCGUCCAUCCUGAAGGCACUCAUGACGUACGUGUACGCCGACCGGCUCGAGAUCGCACCGCACAAGCUUGCGGCGCUGCGCGGUGUCGCCGACGCCCUUGGUCUCACGGACCUCGUCGCGCGCUGUGAGCACCACCGCAAGCAGCGCGGCGUGGCGGCGCCCGAGCCCGCGUCGGUCUUUAGCCGGUCCAUGGCAACUGUCGUUCUGGAUGCGACGGAAGCCGACGUCUACUUCCUCUGGGACGACGCGCGGCUGCCGGCCCACAAGGCGCUGUUGAGCACGAUCCCGUACUUUGAGAGCUUGUUCUCUGGUCGGUUCCGUGACGUGGGCGACACGGUCUCGCUCGCCGACAUGGCUGGCGACGGCUUGGACGUCGACACGUUCAAGCGCGCACUGCACUGGCUCUACACGGGCGACCGCGCAAUGCUCCAGACGCUCGAGCUGGACCAAGUCGUCGAGCUCGUGGUCAUGGCCAACCUCUUGGGCAUCGAGAGCCUCGUCAACGUCUGCACGCUCCAGCUCUCGGCGCUCGUGGCCAAGAAUCCUGCGGACGACCUCCUCGCACUCUGCUGGGACGUGGCCGACCGCUUGGAUCUCCAGCGCCUCAAGUCGCAGUGCCAAGUGCUUCUCGACGCAGCCAAGUAG